GGUGGUUGUGGCGGAGGGGGCGAAGCUGGUAUUUCUGGUGGUGUCGGAGGCCACAGUGUCGGUUGUUACGUGUGGAGCCAGUGGUUAUAGCUGCUAUCGAACUCGGUGAUACUCACAUUUCAUCGCUUGCCAUUCAUACAUUGAUACCAGUAAACUACUGAGGGAUCAUUACACACAACUACACUUUCCCUUUCUACACUUCUAUUGGAACAUGUGUCUAUGUUAGGAAGCCGAUAACAUUAUCAAUCUUGUUGCCGUUACUAUUGUUAUUGCUAUUAUUAUUAAUUAUUAUUAUUAUUACUAUUAUUAUUAUUAUUAUUACUAUUAUUGGUGUAUAUACGUAAAAAAAAAACAAGGAUUUUUGGAUCACUAUUAUAUUUACCAUACAAGACAUUUCAUCACAUUCGGUUCCGUUUAUUAAUACAACUACUACUACGAUUACUACUACUACUACACACCGACAACGAUGAAGCUGUGUUUAAUAAUCACAUCAUUUGCUGCUCUCUUUAGCACGGUGAACUCUAUUGACGCCGUCAAAUCAGCGUGCAGUUCAGGAAUAAACGGUUAUACAUAUAGGAACUGGACAGGAAUUAUCCAGUCUCCAAAUUUUGAAAGAGGAACUUACGAAAACAAUGAGCGCUGUGAGUGGAGAAUAAGGCUAAGCGCUGGAAGUCGUGUCAAGUUAACUUUCCGACAUUUUGAGCUAGAAGAGCCUCAGUCAGCCAAUGCCAAGAAAUGUUGGGAUUAUAUUGAGCUUUUAGAUGGACCGGAGAAUCACAGGACGUUGUUGACGAAGAAGUGCGGUAGAUCUCAGCCAGAAACGGUCAUCUCCAAAACCAAUGAGGUAGCCCUCAAUUUCUUUUCUGAUAACAGCAAAGUCUACAAAGGAUUUGAAAUAGAAUAUGUAGGGGUCUGUGAGAACACAAUCACAGAAUUGAAGGCUCUUAUUGAAAGCCCUGGCUACCCAGAACUUCCGCCCCCUGGUGUUGUAUGUAAAUGGACGUUGAAAGGAGACAAAGACAACAGACCCGCCGUGGAAGUGAAGUCAAUAAAACAUUACUUUAAGAUUUGCAGUCAUUCUGGUUUAAAGAUCACAGACCUUCCUCAUCAGGACAGAACUGAUUAUCUCUGCAAAAAUCAUUCUGGUCUCAAAUUCUCCGGUGGCCCAGCGCUACAGAUAACAUAUGACCCACGAGAAGCGACUCGGAUUACCAAAUUUGUCCUCAAUGUUUCACACGUUGGAUCAAAUCCAUGCGAAAUUUCCCCGUGUUUGAACGAGGGUAACUGUUUGGACCUCGGAAAUAACUUCAACUGUUUAUGUCGACCAGGAUUUUCAGGAGCCAAAUGUGAAUCUGAUAUUUACGAAUGUGAAUCGAACCCAUGCCAAAACAACGGUGUCUGUAGGGACUUUAUAAACGGUUUCAUGUGUACUUGCCCUUAUGGUUAUACGGGUUCGACAUGUGAAACCCCGAUCAAUACUUGCCGUGGAAUAUCGUGCUUGAAUGGUGGCAUAUGUGUUGCGGAUAGCGAAGACACUUAUCACUGUGACUGUCUUGGUGGCUACACGGGUCCCGUUUGUGAAAACCGUACCGACGGAGUUAUACCCGGACAGACCUGUAAAAUGAUCAAAUGUCAAAACGGUGGUAGCUGUCUGCCUUAUAAAGAAGGCGGAUUCGUAUGUAAAUGUCCUGCUGGUGUGAUGGGUCCCUAUUGUGAAGUAGUCACCGGUAAAGAAUGCGACAAAAACCCUUGUUCUGCUGAUGCAACUUGUGUUGCAACCACAAAUGAUGAUGACGAAAUAUCAGAACAUAAUCCAGGAUUCAAAUGUCUCUGUCCAGAGGGUCGUAUUGGUCAGUUUUGUGAGAAUUACGUUGACCAUUGUCUUAUAAACGAGUGUCACAAUGGAGCAUCAUGUAGUUCUGUAGCCAAUACAUUCUAUUGUAGUUGCACAUCGGGCUUGAAAGGACGUUUGUGUGAGCACGACAUUGACGAAUGCCUGGAUAAUCCUUGUGAAAAUGGCGGUCGUUGUGAAAACGCCUAUGGCACUUACUCAUGUGAUUGCAAGAAAGGAUUCACUGGCUACAAUUGUUCGACCAAUUUGAACGACUGCACAGUCAACUCUUGUCAAAAUGGUGGAACUUGUAUUGAUCGAAUCAACGGCUAUGCUUGCAAAUGUCCGUUUAAUUUCUGGGGUAAAAAGUGCCAACAUAAGCGGUAUCCAUGCGAUCAUAAGCCUUGUAAGAAUGGCGGUGUAUGUGUUAGUUAUAAAGCUAGCUUCUACUGUGAAUGCAAACAAGGAUUUACAGGUAAAACAUGUUCUGAUCUUCUUGACCCAUGUAAUCCGCAACCGUGUCAAAAUAACGGUAAAUGUGUUUACGAACCAGUUAAAGGUGACUUAAAAUGUGUAUGCCCACCAGGUAUCUUAGGAACAUUAUGUGAACUCAGAAACGAAUGUUUUUCAAGCCCUUGUCUCAACGGGGCUCGCUGCUUAGAACAGCUAGGAAAAUACGUUUGCAAAUGUGCCCCCGGUUUCUACGGCAAGCAUUGUCAAACAAAGAAGACUACAUGCAUACCCAACCCUUGUACUCAUGGAGGUCGAUGUAUACAAUUAACAAACAUCUUUCAAUGUCAAUGCACCAAAAAUUACGACGGGCAAACGUGCUCGCACUUUAAAUACACAGAUACAUUACAUUGUCCUGAAGAAGUUGAUUCCUUCAAUGGCAGUGGCAUCUUAUGGUUUGGCACACAGGUUGGGUAUCACGACAUUCAACCCUGUCCACCUGGAGUUCUUGGAAACGCAACCAGGCAAUGUUUCGAAGACAACAGUGUCCCAGAUGUCAGAGCUACUUGGGGAAGACCAGACUUAUCAAACUGUGUCCACAAGAAGUUUCUGGACAUUAAGAAAAAGGCUGAACAGUUAUUAUUGUCAGAGAGGGUCACUACGGAAAACAUCAACGAGGUUUCGAACACAAUUUUUGACAUUGUCGAGAAUAAAUCGAACCAAAAGCUACAGCUUUAUCCCGGCGAUCUCGGUGUCGCUGUUGACACUUUCGGUAUAAUGGCAGACGUGGUCGGAGAGGCUUCCGAUGACGAUGUGGAUAUGCAGCCAACUAUAGAGGCAUUUGGAAAAACUGUUGGCAGCGUCAUUGACCAGUCUGUUGUACCAGUAUGGAGGAAUGCAAAUCCGAACAUGGUCGGGGAGAAGAUGGCGUCGGUGCUAGCCAAUACAGAACGGAUGGCAAGCAACGUAUUUCAACACGGCCACCGUGGAAGUACGCAAAGUUACUCAAUGGCUUCAACAAAUUUAGAUUUCAGUAUCUCAACUGUGGAGGACGUAUACACUGGCGAUAAACUGAAAAGAUCAGAAACCAGUUCAAUCAGGCUCCCAGACGAAGUCUAUGACAUCUGCCGUCGUGAAAACAAAGGUCGCCCUGUUGGAUUGUUCAACGCACGUUUUACAUCAAUCGGUCAAAUAUUGUCAUUUAAACAAGACAGACCGAAUUCGUUGAACGACACACGGAUUAUCAACUCUGACGUCAUCACGAGCAGUGUCGUCGGUGUGGCCAGGAGUAAGUUUCAACGCCUCUCUUCCCCGAUCAUCCUUGUCUUUCAACUAAAGGACGAAAAUAUACGCGGCAAUUUCAACGAAUCCUGUGUCUUUAUGAACAUGAACGCUACUAACCGCUUUGACCGUUGGCAAUACAAGGGUUGCUAUUUAGCCAAGAAGACGGCCGGCUAUACAGAAUGUCAUUGCUACCAUAUGACCAAUUUCGCCCUCUUGAUGGACGUCCACGGAAUUGGUGAAAAAAUCGACGACAGACACCAGAUUGCUUUGUCAUUCAUUUCUUAUAUCGGUGGUGCAUUAUCCAUUCUUGGUUGUGUUCUGUCUGUCUUUGCUUUUGAAUAUUUCAGGCUGUCCAGUGACCGAGUACGAAUUCACGAAAACCUGGCUGUCUCAAUAAUUCUGGUGCAACUCAUAUUUUUGAUUGGCAUCGACAGGAAAGAUAGUCCGGUGGCGUGCAAAGUGGUCGCCAUAUUUCUCCAUUACGUCAUGAUGGCAAUGUUUUGUUGGAUGUUAGUUGAAGGGAUACAUCUUUACAUUGUUCUGGUGAAAGUGUUUAAAACCGGAAGUCACCUGAAAAAAUAUGCCGCCAUUGGAUGGGGUGUUCCAUUGGUCAUCGUCGGAAUUCCUGUCGCAUUAGCAUUCGAUAAUUAUGGACAAGGAAACAUAUGCUGGAUGACAAGUUCAAGUCUGCUAGUUUUGUUUGUGCCAACGGUUGCCCUGGUGAUAGUGCUAAACACUAUAGUGUUGGCAAUCGUCAUUCGAGUUAUGCUGCGUUCAUUUCGAUCUUCCCACCGAGCUAUUGCUGAAGAGACAUCUGCUGUACGAGUUGGACUUAAAGCCACUGCAGUGUUACUGCCAUUAUUAGGGCUUACAUGGACUUUCGGUUUCCUGUCUGUCGACUCCAGUUCCACGCUGGUAUUCACCUACAUAUUUACUAUUCUAAAUUGUUUACAGGGCCUCUUCUUCUUUAUAUUCCAUUGUUUGAUGAAUAUUGAUGUACGCAAUGCAAUCAAAAGAAAAUAUUUUGGCAGAAAACGAAGUACUAUGUCUGCAGGUCGAAAGAGUUCCGUGGAUUUCGAGACAUAUGGCGAGUUUUCGUCAGGAGGCAAAAAGCUUGUGCGGGAUUCUUCUACAUCUGUGGCGACCAACACUACAGAUUUAUGCAGCUUUGAACGCAAAAGAGCAACCCUUAGCGAGAAACAUCCGAACUUAUUGAACAAAUCCACCAACUGCAACGGAGAAGUGAGCCGAAAUGGGAGCGUUUCGGCAAAAACAUCAAAGUAACGACACCAACGUCACCGUCUUCUCUUCCAGCUCCUCAGCCUUCAUCUCUGCCAGACUCAAGCAACGAUAACCACAAUCACCAACGUGAUGAUAUCAAUGUUAAGGAAGGCUACAUGGAAAACGGCACGGAAACACGACUUCAGGGUAGCAAAAGCUUUCCCCCUGCGAAAAAUAAAAUCGCAAGCUAUGCUGAUGACAACAGCAAUCCGGCCACGUUGGCGGCAUCUGGUUGCUUUGAUGCAACCGACACGUCGUCUUUGAUGGCAGCAGCCGCAGCAGAAGAAGACAAUGAGGGAGCGGAAGAAGUAGAACAGGGGUAUACUGGUAGUGGUGGUGGUGUAGCUGGUGGUGGUGGUGGUACUAGUGGUGAUGGUGGAUGUGCUAAUGAUGGUCACGGUGGUGGUAGUGGUAGUGGUAGUGGUAGGACACCUGAUGAAUGUGGUGACCCUGAAAGUUUCAGUGAUGAUUCUACACCGUUGACCAAAACGACGAAUGCUUACGAUAUUUCGAUGACGGACGACGGAAGUAGCUAUGGAGAUGAGACAGAGUAUCUACGAGAACGAGAACGAGAACAACAACAGAAACUGGAUGUGGAUGAAGUAGAAGAACAACUAAAACUAGAGCAACAACAACAACAAGAUGAAGAAGAAGAAGAGGAAAACCUCAACGAUAUUCUAUCAGAUAUGGAUUCCAUGCUUGAGAAUUCGAGGAAAUAAGACCGGCAGCGUUUUAUUUUAUUUACAAAUUAUAAACACAGAUUAAAAACAUCGACGCAAACUCCACAAUCACAACCACCACCGCCACCACCACUUUAGCACUGACAUUUAUAUCAUCAACGUCGCCCCACCCCACCCAUCCUCUUAAGGAAUUUAUCUGUACAGAAACAAUGUUAAUUAAUUGACUAAUUAACAGCAAAACUACUACCAUCACCGCAACAAUAACGACAUCAAUAGCUUUAAUAAUAGUAAUAAUAAUAAUAAUAAUAAUAAUAAUAAUGAUUUCAAAUUUUGGUACAAGGCCAGCAAAGUUCGGGGGAGGGGU